AUGGCGUCCAACACGUCGUUGUACGGGUGCAUACUUGCGACUAUCUCGUUUUACUUCAGUUACAAAGCAGUCGUCGAACGGCGAAGAAGAGCUGGCAAAGUCUCAGUUACAAGUCUUCCCAUACUUGACCAGGGAAAAUGGUGGGACGUGUUCAACCUCAAGCCCAAAUUCAGCUUCUAUCUCGAUGGCAGAAAGGCUCUUGGGCGCGCAAUUGAGCAAGCCAACGGCAAACCCUUCCGUAUCGUUGGUCCUGGAAGAACACUUACCGUCUUGCCUCCCCCAUACGCAGAGGAUAUCAGGAAUGACAAGAGACUUGACUUUGGGAAGGUGGUGGCCCAGUUUGUUUCUCAUGAAAUCCCGGGUUUCGAGGGUUUUGCAAGCGGUCUGAACGACCUGCCCGUCGUCUUGGAUAUGUGCAAAUACAAAUUGACAAGGGAGCUUGCGAGUGUUAUAGAGCCUUUGCCGGCUGAGUCCGAGAUGGCCAUUGAAGAUAUUCUACAGAUACCCCAAAGCGACAAAUGGCAGAAGGUUCCAAUCAAGCAGCGUCUGAAUCUGCUUGUUGCUCGUGUCUCUGGGCGCGUUUUUCUCGGUGAAGAGCUGUGCCGUGACCCGGCGUGGCUCAACAUUGCCGUCAGUCACAUCAUGACUGGCUUCUUGGCAGCUCUGAGUUUGAGAAUGUUCCCAGCGUUCAUGAGACCCUUUGUUCACUGGUUUCUGCCUCCUUGCCGCAAGCUUCGUUCCCAAGUGGAGCAGGCCCGAAGUCUGAUCCGCCCUGUCAUUGAGAAGCGAAAACAAGAGAAAGCAGUAGCCAUUGCGAAGGGCGAACUUCCCACAGAGUACAACGACAGUAUUGAGUGGUCGGAGACGUAUUCAAAUGGUCGCAAGUUUGAUCGCGCGGAUCUUCAGCUUGGCCUUUCAAUUGCCUCCGUGCAUAAUACGACGGAUCUUCUUUCUCAAGUAGUCUACGAUCUUGCCGGUGAUCCUGAGAUGGUACAGCGCCUGAGAGAGGAAGCGAAGCAAGUGAUUGGGGAAUCGGGAUGGUCCAAGACAUCUCUCUACAAUCUCAAGCUACUUGACAGCGUCAUCAAGGAAAGCAUGAGGAUCAAGCCUAUUCUCACCGUUGCCAUGCCUCGCGAAGUCACCGAGGAGAUGACUCUUCCAGACGGCGUGAUAUUGCCAGAAGGCACUGUCAUUGGCGUCUCAGCAGAGCGUCACUGGGACUCGAGCAUCUACCCUGAGCCGCAUACCUUCAUCGGGGACCGCUUUCUGAAGAUGCGACAGACGCCCGGGAAGGAAAACGUUGCCCAGCUUGUAACGACCAGCAUUAACCACCUGGGGUUCGGGCACGGCAAUCACGCGUGCCCGGGCAGGUUUCUCGCCGCGGCCGAGAUCAAAGUGAUCUUGACUCAGCUGAUUCUGGGGUAUGAGUGGAGAGUGAUAAAGGGCCAAGAGCCAAAGAUUCGGGUGCUCGGCGUGAAUCUCGACUCAGACCCUUCAGCCAAAAUUGAGAUUCGGCGGUGUGCAGUGUAUGAUGGUUGGUCUGACAUGCUGCAGAGUGUCCUGUACACGCUGUGGAGGAUUUCGUAUAACGUGGUCCUCCAUCCUCUGCGCAAGUUCCCUGGGCCGAGACUUUGGGCGGCAUCGCGCAUACCAUUUGCAGUCACUUGUGCCACAGGUCAGGGGCAUCGGAAGAUCUUGCAACUGCACCAAACAUACGGCGAUAUUGUACGAGUGGCUCCGGACGAGCUGGUCUUCUGCUCACCAGAUGCUUGGAAAGACAUUUACGGGCGCCGGAAAACCGCAAGGGGCGAAAUCAGCAAAGAUUACGUGCAUUAUGCCGAGGCCAAAGACAGUAUUCUCGGAGCACCAAAGGAUAGACACACCCAAUUACGGCGAAUCCUGAGCCGCGGCUUCACCAACUCAGCGGUGCUCGACCAAGAAGGUCUGAUCAAGUCUCAUGUUGAUCAAUUGUUCAACAUUCUGGCUGAGCAUGAACAGUCACAAGGGCCCCGAACGCCAAUCGACAUGAAUAAGUUGUUCAACUUCGUGGCUUUGGAUAUCAUCACGGAUUUGGGCUUUGGCGAUUCUUUUCAUUGUCUUCAUACACGGGAAUACCACCCUUGGGCUCAAUUCUUUUUGGACGCACUGCCCGCAAUUGCUCUUGCUACCGCUUUGAAGCAGUUUCAACUCAUUUUCAGCGUUCUCAUGGCAAUGGCCCCCAAGUCUGUUCUUCAAAAACACGAGAACAUGGUGCGGCUCACAAACGACAUUGUUGAAAGGCGGCUGGAUGAGGCUGAUCGACCUGAUCUUAUACAAGCCAUGAAGGAGCCUACGUCUGGGCUUGAAGCUAAAGUGAGUACUCUGCUUACUUCGUCAGAUGACAAUCAAAGGCUAAUCGAAUACCAGCAACCUUUGAGCUUACAUGAUAUCCAAGCGAAUGCCCAGAUCUUGACAAUGGCGGGUUAUGACACGACUGCCACGGCUCUAGCAGGCACCACGUACCUUCUGGCAGCAAAUGCCGAUGUCAUGGCGAGACUGACUCAAGAAGUACGGAGCUCUUUCAAAGAAGAGAAGGAGAUUACUAUCUCAAGUACCAAAAGCCUGAAGUACCUCAGAACCGUCAUUGAUGAAUCCCUGAGAAUGUAUCCGCCGGGUGCCUCAGGGAUGCCGCGUCGCAUAGGCGAGGAGGGAGACGUCAUUCUGGGUCACCACAUCCCCGCAGGAACCAUCGUGUCAAUAUGGCAGUACGCCAUGUACCACAACGCGAACAAUUUCUCUGAGCCCGAGGCUUUCAUCCCUGAGCGAUGGUCAAAUGAUAAGAUCGAUCUCAGCGACAAAAGAGAAGCGUUUCAACCCUUCUCAUUUGGGCCUCGUGACUGCAUCGGGAGACAACAAUACUGA